AUGAAGUACCUCCCACCCGGACGUGCCCUUAGCACGGAGAACCUCAGCCCCAUGCCCAGACCUCUAACUGGGAUGGAGCUUCCCCGUUUAGUGGCAGAGGUGGGUCGUGAGACAGCCAUGGAGGACUCAUUAUGGACGGACGGACCUGGUCUGAUGGCCUCUGGGUUGGCUACUAAUAUCCUUGUCAGCCUGGCUGAGGUAGAUGUUGAGGAACUAACUGUGGACAUUGCUAAAGACAAUGUUGUGUCCGUGAAAAAGACCACUGAUAGACAAGACAAGGGGCCAAAAAGAAGAGCUAAGAAGAUUUCCAAGCACAAGGAGCCUCUGACAGGCACAGACGUAGUGGAGAUCUUUGCAAAGCAAAAACACCUGGGAAAACUUAAUUUUUUUCAUUUGCAGCCUGUGGACGGUGGCUGUUACAGGCCAUACGACCUCUGUGUGGUCCCCCAGAGUAAGGCAGGUAUGGAGUACUACGUCUUCUCCCCGACCUCCGUCCUACACGUGAGGGAUGGCUGCAGCGCUGGGUUGCUCUCUCUGGCCGAGUGGAACCAUGAGGCCGUGCUCUGGAACGCCCUGCAAGACAUACCCCUCUUCAGAGACUAUCUACUGAAAAAAGCUUUCACUAGGUGGCAGAGAAACGUGAGCAAGAUCGCCCUCCAGCGCAGGUGUGAGGUACUGCAGGGUCAGCUGCUGACGACCGUGCCACAGUUCAGAGAAGCUCUGUUUCAUUUCUGCAGACUUAUUGAGGAAUUGAAAGGGGUUCACUGGCUGCCUCAGGAUGGGUCUAAAACCUACACCCUUCUGGACUUCCAAAAUACACUUCUGAAGAAGAACCAGGAGUGUCGGGGUCUGCUGGAGAGGUUCUUACAGUAUCGAGCUCUCAUCCUGAAUAUGGUUCAGGAGGACAGCUACAAAGGCCAGCAGGAGCUGCAGCUGCAUGUGGAGCUUGCCCAGGUGAACAAGCACUCUCAACCCUUGCACCUGCAGCUGGCUCAGGUGCGUGACCUGAAGAAGAAGCUGCGCCGGGCUGAGGACGUCCUGCAGCAGCUGGGCAACAUGGCCGCCCUGGUGGAUCAGAUGAUAGUCCAGAGUCUGGUCACUAUCACUCAACGGGAGGUCCUGUCUUUUCUGAACAACGUCUUGAAGGUAGAGAGAGAGCAGCAAGGAUGUCUUUUUGAGGCAGAGUUGAUAUUUGGAGCAGAUGGACAACUGACCCUAUUCCCCCCUAUGCACUUGUUCCGGGAGGUUGUGUGUGGAGCCGUGCUGUCUGUGGCAGACUCUGCCCUCCAGGUAUUUGACGCAUGCAGUUACUCUCCGGAGUCCAAGGACUGUGUGACUGCAUGCAAAUCCCCUGUCAGGGUUGCUCCUGAGCUGAGCCCUGAGCUCAGCCUGCCCUGCUCCUUUGGCAAACCUGGUCAGACAGGGCCAAAGGACAGAGAAAAAACUGAGAUCAUCAGUUUGUCAACCAGACGGGAGCCUUUUGUAGAGUUAGCCCCCAGGCUGGUGCUGCCCAGGCUGAACCCCCUGAGGGUGCAGGGCAAGAGGCUGCGAGGGCAGUACUACCCCCUCUGUAAGAGGCACCUGGAGUGGCAGCUCAAGCUGCAUUCUGGAGCCACAGGAGUGCAGGAAGAGCAAGACAGGAUCACUCAGGAGGCCCAGCAGGAGCUCCAGAAGCUGUGUGAUGAACAUGCCUGGUUGGCGGACAUCCAUCUGUUCACCAGCCAGUGGAGCCCUGCCUCCCUGGAGGCCAUGAGGGGCCUGCCAGCCCUGCUCUAUGAGGAGCACAUCCAGAAGGUGCGCUUCUGGACGGACAGGGUCAGCACCGUGCCCCGCUCCUUCACCACCUCCAACAAGCUGCUCAUCGUCCACUGCGCACACAUCCAGGAGAAGCUAGGUGUGUGGCCUCUGUUGACCUCCAUAGAGGAGGACAUGCUGACUUUCCUGGUGGGGGAGUUGAAGCUCCGCUCACAGAACCUGAUACAGGAACUGAAGAAGACGGUGGACGGCCUCAGGGUAGAGCCCACAGACUUCAACGACUUCACACAGUACGCCAGCAUGGUCACACGCUGUGAGAAAAUGUCCAAUGACAUGCAGCAGCAGCUGGAGUACAUGCACUCCCUCCAGGAGACCAUCCGUAUGAACUACAGACAGGAAGUGGCAUUGGAGGCAUUGAUGUUGGACCUGUGGGACUGCUUCGUACCUCUCCUGAAGCGGGCAGCUGAGACGGUGCGUCAGCGCCUCCCCUCCAUGGCCAAAACCCUGGAUAGCACCUUCACCUCCCUGGCCCAAGACCUGGAGAACACGACCUCCAAAGCCACCUCCGGGCCUUUCCUGGACCCCACCCAGGAUGCUGGUCAGAUGUUGACGCAGCUGAAGGCUGUGAGCAGACACGUGUACGCUGUCUCGGCACGCCUCCAAGAACUCAGCAGGACCAGUAGAAGUCUCCGAGGACAUCCUCUGGAUCUGACGUUUGUGAUGACAGGCCAGCAGAAGAUUCAGACCCGUAAAGGGCUUUGGGAGCUGCUGAGCUUCUCCACGGUUCAGAUCCGGGAGUGGAAGCUGCUGCCCUUCAGCAAGUUUUUGGUGUCGCGGGCGCAGGGGAAGGUAGAUGAGUGGAUACAGCAGGCGAUGUCCCUGGCCAAGUUAAUCCCAUCCCAGGAUGCAGUGCUGCAGCAGAUUCUGCAGACCUUGGAACACUUCCACCUGCAGCUCCCAGUGUUGGCUCAACUCAGCAGCCCUACACUCAAACCCAAACACUGGAGGAACAUCUUUAAAGGCAUGGGCCAGCUGUACACUCCACAGUGGAGCCUGACUGUAGCAGACCUGAUGUCCAAAAUGCUGGUAGAGCAUCAAAAUAAUAUUAGCAAGAUCUGCCGGGAGGCCAAGGCGGAGGCCGACAUGGAGCAAGCCUUCCGGAAGCUUCAACGCAGCUGGGAGGGGGCUCAGUUCAGACUGGCAAAGUUCAUAGUUACUGUGUGGCAGGAGGACAAGCCUCAGGAUGGAGCAACACGCAGAAAGAAGCCUUCAUCUGACCUGGAGUCCAACCACGCGUCACCUCAACAGCUCUCCAAAGACUGCGGCACAUUCACCAUUAUCGGUCUGGAGACACUCCUAGCCCAGACUGAAGACAGUGUGAUGACUCUGUCCAACAUGCUGCUGUCUCCGCAUGUUGCUGAGUUCAGACAGGAGGUGGAGCACUGGGUGCAGCGGCUUCAGGAGUUGGAGGAACUCCUGGACUUUUGUGAAAGGUACCAGCAGAAGUGGGUCUUCCUCAGCAAAAUGUUCUACGAGACCACUGUUUGUGUACAGAAGGCAGAGCUGUUUGAAACGUUCCAACCAGUAGAUAACACAUUCAGAGAGUUGAUUCAAACCACCUCUGGUGACCCCCAUGUGCUGAACAUAGUCCGUCUGAAGAAAGUGACUGAGUCAAACGUUCUUUUCCACGGCGACAGUCUCCGCCGUCUUCUCAUGGCAGGUCUGAGCACCAUGGAGGACAUUUCCAACCAGCUGCUCUACCUUCUAGACUCUCCCAGGGGCCAGUUCCCCAGGCUCUGCUUCCUCAGCGACGGGGAGGUAAUCCGACUGCUCUCCCUGCACCCUACCCCCUCCACCCUGCUCCCCUUGGUGCGCAAGUGCUUCAGAGGUGUGCGCUGGCUGGAGGUUGUCAGCAACAGUGACUCGUCUCGGGAUGUGACAGAACUGAGCAGGGGGCUGGAUCUUUCUGGCAGUCAGAUGUUGGUCCAGGGGGUGUAUGGGAGCCUCAGAGAACACGUGUCCUUCCUUUGCCCCUUGGAGCCAAACCUCAACUCCCUGGCUUGGCUGGGUCUGCUGGAACAGCAGCUGUAUCAAGCUGUGAGGGAGCUGGUCAAGCAGUGUGCUGUGGCACGUCAACAGGUGGAGCCUUCAGACAAGGACCCAGAGACAGACAGGAAGAUUGGGGACACCUCACACUUCUCCAGACAAUCAGACUUCCUUAGAAAGAAGGAGGAGAUAGAAGCCAAAGGGAGAGCGAAUGACCUGCCAUCUCAGUGGAGCAUCCUGCCAGACUACCCCCUGCAGUGUUUGUUGGUUGUUGAAGAGGCGCUCUGGUGCAGUGAGGUCAGAAAGGCCGGCCAGGCUGCAGCACCGGUCAAAUGGAAUUGCCUAAAAGCAAGAAACACCUCCAAACUUCACAGCUUGUGCCAAACUGUAAGGGACGGUUUGUCCGGUGCCUCUGACAGAUCACUGACCGUUCAACGUGCAACGACAAUGUUGCGUUCUCUGGUUUUGCUGACAAUGAACCACGCCCAGAACAUCUCCAAGCUCAUGGAGGUGAAGGGUGAUCUCGAGUCAUCUUUUGAAUGGCAGAGUUUGAUGAAAUACCAUGUUGUUUUAGACUGUGGCGAUGAGACAACACAACAGAGCCAAGACACCAAGGACUGUUGGUGCUAUGUGGAAGUACUGGGAGCUCAGCUGCCCUACGGAUAUGAGUACCUGGGUCCAGAACACUGGAUGAUGGUGAACAACCCCUCCACAGACAAAGCCAUCCUGGGGAUUCUCCUGUCUCUCACCGGCUACAGGUGUGGCUUUGUGAGCGGAUCACAGAUGUCAGGCAAGAAGAAGACUGUGGUUCAGUUGGGGAAAGCCUUGGGAAGGCAAGUCAUCUCCUUCCACUGCUGUGUGAACACCAGACUUUCUAUUAUACGGCAGUUGCUGUCUGGUGCCCUCCAGACCGGGUCCUGGCUGGUGUUGGACUCUGUUGACUUAAUGACCCAGGGGGCACUGUCUCUGCUGGGGCAGCAUUUAUCAGACAUCCACCAAUCUCUCUCUUGUCUACAGAGGAACACCCAGCCAAGGGGGUUUGAAUCCUGCUCGGAGUCAUUCCCAUCUUCUGAGAGUGGAGACCUGUGGAGAGGCUGUGAAACAUUGGAUGAACUUGAGAUGUGUUUUGCAGGGAAGAGGAUUUUUGUCAAACCGAGUUACGGCUGUGUGAUCAUCUCAUCUAGAGGGUACAGUAUCGAUGUCCCAGAAAGCCUGCGUGCUGCAACCCGGCCUGUAGCAUUGGCCCACCCAGACUACCGAGUCAUUGCUGAGGUGAUGCUGACCGCCCUCGGCUUCUCAGAGGCAGUGACACUCAGCCGAUGUCUCCUCUCACUGUUUACCCUGGCCAGCAACUGUCUCUGUCUGCCUGACUCUGUCAGUGGGAAGCAAACCUGCUGGCUAGUUCUCCUCAUGAACGUCAUCACAGCUGCUGGGACACACUUCCAAAACACCAGACGACAAGAGGUGCUGCUCAAAGAAAAGGAGUUAGAAGAUGAGGCGGAUGUUCAGAGACAUUCAUCGGAUGGGGUUCCUAAGGUAUCCGAGACAGAGGAAAGAGCCAGGGAAGGAGACAGCUUUAACUUCAAGCGGACUAAUCAGUCAUCAGCCCUUAUACAAGGUGUGGUGGAGGAACAGGCCAUAGUCAAAGGAGUUUCAUCUGUCUUGGUGUCAGCCAUUCACGAGCAAAAGAAAGCCUCACAGUUCCGUGCCAUUUUUGAAGACAUUUUCCCCACGUUACGUUCUUACCCGGUUCUCGAGUUGGACAUUGAGGUGGGCGAUCGGAACCUCCUGAAGUCUGCAGUUAUGGAGGAACUACAGCAGGCUGGCCUCCAUGCUGAUGCCAGAGUGCUGAAGGAGGUUCUCAGCCUUUACCAGGCUAUAAAGCUGUCCAGGGCGGUGCUAAUGGUGGGGCCCCCUGGGAGUGGGAAGACCACAUGCUACCUUGCACUAGCAGGGGCGCUACGGAAGCUGGCCGCCAGGGCUGAGGAGGUGGAUUUGGAUGACGAUGUCAGCCCUGAAGGAAAGUGCUCAGAGAUAGAUUAUUCCCCGACUACCUCAAACUGGUCCUCUGUUGACACUGUGGUAAUAUUCCCCAAUGCCCUGUCCAAUGAGGAACUGUUUGGAGGCUGCUUCCAGCAACAGGAGGGAUACUGGUCAGACGGGGUAUUCACCAAAGUGCUGAAGGACUCAGAGAGACAUGACCUCUUAGACAGCACCCCCUCCAAGAGGAAGAAGAGGAGGAGUCAGACUCGCAAGGUAAAGUGGCUGGUGAUGGACGGGGAGCCUUUGGGUCAGCCUGGCUGGUUGGAUCACCUAAGCACCCUCUGUGACCCCGACGACCCCUUCCUGUGCCUGCCAUCGGCAGAGAAGGUCCGGCCGUCCCUUGAAGAGCUCAAGCUGCUGGCUGAGGUCACGGACCUGUCAGAUGCUGCCCCUUCCACAGUCACCCGCUGCACUCUGGUCCAUCUGGGUGGGAGGAAUCUGUGGAAAUCAGUGUGGAAGGUGGAGGUGGACGUCCUCUCCAGAGACCACACUCUGGAUCAGGGAACCAUCAACAUGUGGGUCCGUUUAGCUGAAGAUCUGUUUUCUUGUACGCUCACUUUCCUGAGGCACAAGGCCUUGACACCCGUGAUGCACAGUGAGGCAGAUAACGACAAUAAGGUCAGUAAAGGCAUCGCCUAUGGUCUACAGGAAGUGAUGUCAUUCAUUAGGAUUUUACAUGCCCUUCUGGAGCAGUGUGGGAAGGGACAUAUGGCUCCAGUGGUAACCCAACAUUCGUCUGGCAAUAUCUCGACCCCUUCCACUCAGCCGGAGCUGCAGGCCAGGAACAUCUUCCUGGUGGCCUACAUCUGGGGCUUCGGUGGUCACCUCCACCCCAGACACUGGCCCCAGUUUGAUGUGCUGGUGCGGGAAGCUCUGUUUGAGAGCCGGUAUAGAGUGGAAGUUCCUGCUGAGGGAACAGUAUUCGAGUACUUCUUUAAUAUAACCGAGGGCACGAUGGGAGACACAAGUACCUCCAUCAACUGCUCCAGAAACAAGAGUCCACUGAUGGCCUACAUCACUAUCCCACAGUAUCAAAAGUAUGCGUGUCUACUGGACCUCCUGCUGGAGGCCCACCAGCCAGUGUUGUUGGUGGGAGAGGUUGGCUCAGGGAAGACCAUGCUGUGUCAGUCUCUGAUGAACGAGGACAGGCCUCACAUCCGUCUCACUGCCGGCCCAUGCCUGCGCGCCUCUCACCUGCGGGGUGUCCUGGAGAGCAUGCGCAAACAGAAGACACCGACGGCUACCAUGGGCAGCCAAAACAAACAGGCCAGACACCUGCUGUUUGUGGAUGAUUUACAUGAAGCCCCCUGUGAUGUAUUUGGAAAGACGUCCAUGGCUCUGGAGACUCUGCGACAAUGUAUAUCGAGGGGAGGAGUUUUGACUUCUGAUGGUUACCACUUCAAGCUGUUUGGUUCGGGAGCUAUCUGCUACCUGGGUACCUGCAGCACGUCCGCAGUAACCAAACCAUGCUGCAACAGCAUCUCCUCCCGUCUCUUGCGUCUCUUCUCCGUCUUAGUGCUGCCCAGUAUAUCUGUAGAUGUUCUAUUCUCCGUCCACUCCCCACUGAUUCAGACCUGGCUGAAAGAGUUCCAGGGCAUGCCGAGGUACGCAGACAUGACCCGCUGUAUCAUCACCGCUACUCUAGACCUGUACCAGUCUGUGUGCGAGCACUUCCUGCCGACUCCACUGAGGCCCCACUUCCUGUUCUCCCAGCAUGACCUGCAGCAGGUGUUUCAGGGGAUGUGCUUGUGGGCCCCGCGUGCCUCCGGCAGACAUCCACCGCAGAAGAAGGUCAGCCUCAGGGCCGUGCUCUCUUCCUCUGCCCUCCCCUGCUUUUCUCCCACUACGCUCGGCCCAGCGGCCAACGUGCUCAACAUCGUUCGCCUCUGGAUGCACGAGUGUCUGCGUACCUUCGGAGACCGGCUGUGCUCGGAAGACGAGAGCCAAACCCUGGUGUCACUCAUAGCCCGGGUGUCAGACAACAGUUACAGUGGCUGGAUGACAGUCAAGGCCCAAGCUGUCGGAGGAGAAGAAACCAUGUCCUCUACAACUCCCCCAAGGUGCACAUCCUCUUCAAUAACAGAAGACCCACCUACGUCCCCCCAUCGGCUCCCAGCGUCUGCCAGUCAGACGGAGAGGGAUACUGAGGCCUUGGCCUUCACGCAGCCUACAAAGUCUCCCCUGCCUGGGGCAGCAGAUGAACAGGAGGAGGAGGAGAUCCAGCAGCUCAGGCUGAGCUACUCUGGUUCUAGUUCAUCAGCCAAUGGGAAAGAGGAUCUGUUUGAGGAAAAGAAAAAGCAAGACAUUUCCAAGAAAGAUAAGCAUCCCAGUCUACCGUUGCCAGACCCAGCUUCAAGCUCUCUGCAAUGUCUGUCUCCCUCGCCACCAAAAGGUCCUAAACCGGCCGGCCAGUCGGACUGGAAGAGGAGCCUUAGGCUGUCUGAACCAUCCUCACAGGAUGACAGCAUCCAUUUGCCCGGGCCAGGUCCAGCCAGGCUCGUUCCAUUGCAGCUUCUGCAGGAUUUAAAGGCCUCGAUGUGUAACUUGGUCUAUGGUCCCGAGCUGUUUGAGCCUCUCGUCUCCAUGGCUCAGCAGCACAACUUCAAACGCAACGUGUCCUAUCAGGAGAGAGACCUGGGUCUGCUCCUCCAACAGCUGGUCCUCACAGUCAAGAGCAAAGAAGAGGGGGAAGACGGGGAUUUGGAGGAUAAAUACAGCUGCACGUCCAGCUACGUGGUGCAUAGACAGAGGCUCCGGCAGCUGCUGCACAUCCUCAGGGCUUUGUUCCUCCCCGGUGGUCACGGAGUGCUCUUCAGCAUGGUGAAAGGCACAGGGCGAAGGACCACGGUGCGUCUGGCUGCCUAUCUCACCGGCUACCAGCUGAUGGAGGUCCAUCCAGGGAAUGAGAGGACGUUACGGGACAUGCUGAAGGAGGCCGGCAGUCAGACGGGGGUGCAGGGAAAUCAUGUGAUGAUACUGGUCCAUGAGGAGACCAGCCUGGAGCACAGAGAGGAGCUGCUGGAGGUCAUGGCCAGUGGGACCUUUCCUGGUCUCUACUCUGAUGAGGAGCUGAAGAAUCUGGUGCUGAAGGUCAACGCUCUCUUCAAAAACUCCCGCAGUCGCCUCAGGGACGACCAGGCCCUGGACAAGUACUUCAAACAGGUCCAGAAGAACGUGCAUGUGUUCCUGCUGCUGCCUCUCUCGCUCGACAUCAGUCAAAUGGAGGCUGACACCACCUCGGUGACCAGGGCCCACUUGACCCGGGCUGUGGGCCUGUGCUGCUAUGUGGAGGUGUACCAGCCCUGGUCCAGCCAGACCCUGGUUGAGGCAGCCUCACGGCACCUUAAAGAGAACUUGCAGAUUCCCGACCCAGCAAGUAAAGUAGACAGGGACAGUCUGGUGGCCAGUAUCUCCAAGGUCAUGGCAGAAAUACAUCAGUCAGCAUGGAAGUAUGCAUCCGUCCUGCUACCAAAGCUUCAGCCGUUCAGCCCUCAGACCUACGUGGAGCUCAUUGCCCACUUCUUCCACCUCUGCAGCCACCUGUAUGAGCAGGGCCUUGGUCAGGCCAACAGAGUGGCAACAGUCCUGGCCAGGGUAAGAGACAUGACCGACACGGCUGAGGAGUACAGACAGGAAGUUAUUAGACUCAAGAGCAAACUGGCAGAAACACAACAGUGUCAAUACCAGCUGCAGCACAAGAUCAAAAUGGAGCAGGUUCUGUGUGACCGUAUCCGGCAGAACUGCCUCCUGGAGGAGAACAGACUGUCCCACCUGGAGGAGCAGUUUCAGCAGGCCCAGCAACAGGUGAGUCCCUUGUACCAGACUGCCCUGGUCGCUCUCAAGUCGCUGAGCCAGAAUGACCUGGAUGAGGUGCGCCACUACAGAGUUCCUCCUGCAGGUGUGGUGAUCGUCAUGGAUGCCAUCUGCAUGCUGUUCAACUAUCCAUGUACCUGGGAUAGCUCCAAGCAUUUGCUAGGGCAGUCGAACUUCUGCCAGGAGUUGGAGUUCUACGACCGCUCCAGGUUGAACGGCGAGAUGUUUGAGCAGCUCAGUCACAUCAUACAGAGGAAGGAGUUUUCUCCUCAGGCGGUGAAAAGCGUGAGCCGGGCCUGUGAGUCCCUGUGCCGCUGGGUCCGGGCUGUCUACCAGUACGCCUGCGUCCAGCGCCACAUGGCCCCCCAGGAGGUCAAGAAGAUCCAGCUGGACCUACGUAUUGCGGAGAGCCGCUCUCGGCUGAGCGUGGCCAGGCUGCAGGAGGAGGAGACGCGGGAGCACAUCGACGACCUGGAAAAGGAGCUGCUGGUCCUCAGAGGUGAGCAGGAGGAGCUGGCUGGCCUGCUUCGCAAGGCUGAGGCCCUGGAGAGGGAAGCUUCCAGCGCUGUCCAGCAGGUGGCGUGCCACAUCACCGACUGGAAGGCUGCUGCUGAGGAGACUGAGAUGAAUAACCAGACCAUAUCAGGUGAUGCUCUGCUGCUGGCAGCUGCCAUCACCUACCUGGGUCCCUUCAGACCAGACACCCGUAUGGAGCUGCUGAGGAAGUGGAGGGAGCUGAGUCUGACUGGGAACAUCAGCAUUACCCCCGAUGACCCCAGGACCUCUCUGCUUCCUCAGUCCAGCCCAGAGGCCCCUCCUCCGCCCCUGGAUCAUGUGCCCCUCCCCAUGGCUGCAGAGCUGCAGAUGGCCCUAGCGCGGGCCUUGGGGGUGGACCGCUACGCGGUGCAGGGGGUGCCUCCCGGGCUGUUGCUCAAACUGCUGAUGUGGGGAAACAGAGGCCUCUGGGCUCAACGCUGGCCCCUGCUGGCUGACGCAUCGCAGCGCGAGGAGAUCAGCUCUCAGACCAUGCUGUUCACUGGUGAGGACAGCACAGCUCAGGAGGAGAGAGAGUACGGGCUGGUGGUGAGCGCUGAUGACCCACAACUGCUGGAUAAGGUCCACCAGGGGGCAGACAAAGGUUUGAGAGUGUUGGUGACACACAUCGAGCGAGCAGCUCACACUCCAGACUUCCUGGAGAUGUUGGUGAGACCGGCUGGCAACUCCGCCCCUGGUCUAAGGCGUCCUGUCCAACCGGCCCACCCAGAGUACUGCCUCUUCCUCAGCACCUGUCUGCCAGUCCGACUGCUGCUCAACGAGAUACAUCCGUCCGUCCUGUCGGAGGCGCGGGUCAUCGACCUCUCUCUGAGCACCACGGAGGUCCAGGAACUCCUGUUGACUGAGCUGGUGCAGCUGGAGUGUCCAGAGCUGGGGGUUCAACACUGUGUGCUCCUACAAGACAGACAGACCCUGCAUGACAAACUCAGCCAGGAGGAGGUGUCUCUGAUCGAGUACAUCCUUCAGUCGUUCACCCCUCUGCUGCAGGACCCCCAGUUCCUGCCUCGCGUGUCGGCCUGUCAGGUGGCUUCGCACAGGCUCCAGGCUGAGCUAGCGGAUCUGAGCCAGGAACUGGUGCGCCACAAGCCUCUCCUGGCAGACUUCCAAAGGGUGGCAGCGCUGGCCACCGGCCUCUAUCAGGCCCUGCAGGAGGUCGCCUGUCUCUCACCUACCUACUACUUCCCCCUGAAAACCUUCCUGUUGAAUGUGAGGGGGGCUCUGGCGCUGAAAGGAAGACCUGAUGUGGUCUUCACCGGGGAGGUGCUGACUGGAGUAGUCAUGGCAGAGAUCACCUACAGGAUGGUCUCUCACUUCCUGGCCCAGUAUCGGCCCUGUCUGUUCCAGAGCCAUGCCUCCCUGCUCAGACUGCUGGUAUCUCUGGCCCUCUUCCUCCACAGUGAGCCCUGCUCCGAGGUGGAGAGGGUAGCCUUCCUCAAGGGCCUGGGAGACAUGGACCUCCCUGUCGCUUCAGCCACUCAAACCCCAGCUCCACCCUCCUGCUCAUCUCCAUCCGCGCCCCAGCCUGAGCUCCCCUGCUGGCUCCCCUCUCACACGCACACAGGGGUUCUACGGCUGGAGAACAUCCCACCCUUCAGAGGCUUGAUCGCCUCCAUGGCUACCUCCCCCGAGCAGUGGAAAGAGUACCUUCGAUUCCCCUCCUCCACCCUUGUGGGGCCCGUGCCCUGCAGCUCUCACUCCCACCUGUCCACCCUGCAGCGGGCUCUGCUCUGGAAGACCCUGCUCCCCCACUGGCUGGCGGCCGUGGCGGAGGACCUGGCUGCCUGCCACCUGGGCCAGCCCGUCCGCUCAGUGGUGCCUGACGCGCCCCACACCGGCUCUCCAGAGGCCCUCUCACGCUUCCUGUCUAGACACGAAGGGCCUGUGAUCGUCACCCUCCCCAGUCCGGACAGAGAGGGACCGGCGAGUAUCCAGCCGCUCCACUGGCUCAAACAGGUGGCCCAGUACCAACCAGACAGGAAAGGGGUGAAGGUGAAAAUAAUUUCAGUUGGAGCUAAAUGUCAAAAAGAAACCAUCCUCUCAUCUCUUGCUUUGGCUUUUCGCGAUGGCCAUUGGUUGGUCUUCAACAACUGUCAUCUCCUCGAGCAAUGGGAUGCUGAAGUCGUGACUCAGUUCAAUCAGCUGAUAUCUGUUGCAGCCAAAAUGCACCAGACAGAUGUGGAGCCUGAGGAGGGGCCCCUUCCCGCAGGGCCCAGUUCAUCCACCCAGGUGCACCCUCGCUUCAGACUGUGGUUCAUCACACGAGGAUACAAACCACUCUCCAUCCCAUCUGCAGUCCGCGUGUGUGCUCUUCGCCUGGUCUGUGACUCUCCAUGUGACGUAAAGGAGGAGCUGUGCUCUUCCCUGCACCAGGUGGUAUCUGCUGCUCUGCCUGCCUCGGCUUCUGGUCUCUCCGCCUCCAGCCUGGAGCCCCUGCUGCGCUGUGCCAUCCUGCACUCUGUCCUACUGCAGAGACAGGCCUACAGACACCUGGGCCAGGGAUGCGUCUACCACUGGACUCAGGAGGACCUGCAGGCACUGGUGGAUGCCUAUGCUCGGAUUGCCAAACACUGUGAUGACCAGAACGGGGCAUUAGAAUACAUAGCAGCCCAACUGGUCUAUGGUGGCCAUGUGGCAGACUCAACAGACUUGGAGGCAGUGGAGAGUGUAGCCAGAGCCUGUUUUCAGCCAGCAUCUCCUCUCUGGGGCUGUGGGCCUCACACACUCUCUGAUAUCAUCCACAUUCAUGGACGCUUUGAUGUUGCAGGCCUCCUGAGGGGACUGGAGCACCGUGUCCGAGCCCUGGCAAACACCAGCGACCCUAUGGUGCUAGGCUUCAGCACGGGUCUCUCUGUGGAGCUGGUCAAGCUCCACAGCCGCACCCUAAACCUACUUUUGUUAGACUCUCAGAGGCCCACUGGCAGGAUGAGGAGCAUCGCCAGAGACUCUCCUCACCCUGCCCUUCUCCCAGACCUCAGUCAGGCCCGGGACAGACUGCAGGCCCUCAGGGAUCGUCUGGGGCAUAAAGCGGAGAGCUGGGUUGUGGGCGUGUCCCCGGGCCCUCUCCACAGCUUCCUCCAGGCAGAGUGGCAUGAUCUGGGGGACCUGGUGUCCUCGCUCCUGUCAGAGCUCAGCCAGCACCUCAGAAGCAGAUGGACUCCCUCCUCCUUCCCCACCCUUACAACCCUGUCCCACCUGGAGAAGAGGGCCGAGCUGCUCAGUACCUACCUGUGGAACGACACCGCCAGCGGUCCAACCAGCGCCUACUGUCUGUCUGCCUUCAGCAAUGCUAGAGGCUUCCUAGCUGCAUUAAUAAGGGAGGCAGCCAAGGCUAAACAGAGGGAAAUCAUUAACUUCUCCCUGCAUUUCCAGGUGCUGAGUGCUGCAAGCUGUCCCUCAGCUCCACCUCUAAGUGGGGUGUAUUUGUGUGGGCUGGAGUUGAGAGAGGCACUCUGGGAUACACGCCUGGGAGCCCUGCAGGACACGCUCUCCCCUAAACCCUGUCUCCUCCCACUCCUUUGGGUCCGGGCAAGGGCAAGGAACACGGACGUCAGGGCACCAGAUAGCCCCUCUUGCGACACCUCCUUUCUGCCCCUGUACUACUGUCCUCUAUAUCUGGAUGGAGCGCUACAUAAUGAAGACUGGGGUCUGACUGAGAACAACAUCAUUACUCGUGUCCCCCUUGUGGCCAAGCUAGACCCAGUGCUGUGCUCUUUAAGAAGAGUCAGGUUAGUCAGUACACUCUGAGAUUGGA